AUGGCCGCCAGGAGAAGGAUUCAAGUUUUACGUGACAAGCUGAACACGCCAGGCCGUCGACCAGUAAUCGCUAUGGCAGCACAUAACCCUCUUUCAGCUAAGCUAGUCGCACAUGCGGGGGGGUUCGACGCUAUCUGGGCCAGCGGCUUCGAACUUUCCGCAUCUUAUGCCGUGCCCGAUGCAAGCAUAAUCUCACCAAAUGUUCACCUCGAAAUGACAAGGGCCAUGGGCGAAGUUCAAGACCUGCCGAUCAUCGCCGACCUAGAUACAGGAUUUGGCAACGCCAUAAAUCUGGCGUACGCGAUCCCAAAGUAUGAGGCUGCCGGGGUGGCUGCCAUCGUGAUUGAAGAUAAAACGUUCCCGAAAGAUAGCAGUCUCCGUAUCGAUGGCCGACAGUCUCUUGUGUCUGUUUCGGAGUUCCAGGGGAAAAUCGCUGCAGCCAAGGACUUGGGGUCUAUGAUUGUCAUCGCUCGAACAGAGGCACUCAUUGCCGGAUUGGGGCGAGACGAAGCUCUGAGCCGUGCUUUGGCUUACGUGGAGGCUGGGGCCGAUGCCAUUUUGAUCCACAGUAAGCAGAAAACCUCAGAAGAGAUGCUCGGUUUCUGUCGUGCUUGGUCGGGGAGUGCGCCUUUGGUCAUUGUGCCGACGAGUUAUCCGCAGCUCUCCUUCGAACAGAUAUCUGCGUUGACUGAAAAUAAAGUCCGCCUUGUCAUCUGUGGAAAUCACAGUAUUCGCGCAACUGUCGCCGCACUGAGGCGGACAUUUGAUCAGAUUUUGCGAGAUAAUGGGAUUACUGGCGUAGAGACGGAAAUUGCCCCAGUCUCGGAUGUUUUUGCUCUGCAAGGUGAUGCAGCCAUGCGGGAGAUAGAGAAAAAGUAUUUGCCGAAGUGA